AUGAGUGAUAGAAUAGAAGUAGCCUCGGACACAGGAGCUCCCGACCUCGAUGCAUCUGUGGCGGAUUUAUCCGCUGUCGAUCAGGAGGUCAAUGGCGACGACAAUGGCAUGAUUAUGGUUAAAGAUAAUGAGUAUCGGAUCAUAUUUCCGCUUGCGAGACCGACAAUCGGCUGCCUAAUUUGCGCUAAGCUAGGCAAAAGAAUUGAAUUCCUUAACGUCAAAAGCUUAGACGAACACCUAAGAGAACAGCACGGAGAAAUAGCGCUAGGAUGGGGAUGUAGACAUUGUGCGAAAACAUUCCCCAAGCUUCACAGCGUCAGAUGUCACAUCCCCAAAUGUAGGCAAACCGUAGUAGUAGAAAAAGAGUUUCGAUGUACUGCCUGCACCGACACAUUCGAUACCGCACUAGGCCUAUCAAUGCAUGAAAGGCACAAACACCCCGAAAUCAGGAAUGAAAGACGUAGGGAAAUAGCCGAGCGACCGCGUCAAAGAGGAGGUCGUAACUUAUCUGUUUGGACAGAAAAUGAAAUAGCAUUGCUCAUUCAACCGAAUGAGCAAUUUAAGAAUGACAAAUACCCGAAUGUUAAAAUCAGGGAGCAUUUUCCCCUUAAAACUCUAAAACAGAUAAGCGACAAAAGGCGAACAUUGGAUAGGGACCGCGUAGUACAGGCGGAAAAUAGCGGCGCGAGCGAUCAACUCGAAGCGCCAGUUUUAGAUGUAAAUAUAGGGAAUGAGCAAUUACAAGAAGGCGAAAACGAUGGCAAUGCCCAGAUAGAAACGAUAGGUAGAAUACUAGACGAUAUAGUUGCCACUGAGGUAAUAGAGGUGCGGAAGAUCGAAGAAGUCUUGCUAGAGUUAGAGGACUUACUUCUCAGAGAUGAAAAGACGGAAGCAAGGCAAAACUCAAAAAAGAACGCUAACCGUAAGAGAGGGAAAAAAGCAAACCACAAUCAAAGUAAAGCAUUUGAUUUUGCAAGAUGCCAAGAACUCUAUAGGAAGUGCCCCAGAAAACUAGUCGACUGGGCAAUUAAUGGCAAAACAAACACGCAAACGCCAACGCUCCCCGAAGCGGAAGACGUGAAAAACCUCUACAGCAGCCUAUGGAGCAACGAGGAACAGGGCCUGCUAGCUCCGGGCAAUUGCGCGGAACAACUAGAUACCGAGCUUUUAUUGGCGCCAAUUAUGGUAGAGGAAGUAAUGCUGAGAAUGAGACGAAUAAAAGCAGACUCGGCAGCAGGCCCGGACGGCAUCAGAAAAGCGCACAUCAAAAGGUCCGGUGCCCUACAAGCGAUAACAAAAUUUUACAACAUAUUAUUAGCAGCCCAAUAUUCCAAAAAGGUGGAAAGAAAACCGAACCACAUUAAUACCAAAGGAAGAUCCAGGGUAAAGCAGGCGAUCCAGCAAAAAGGCUUUGCAAAAAUUGAUGGUUGUAAAGCAAACAUUAGCCUCUUAGAAGCGGCCCUAACACGCAUGAGGGUCACCAAAGGAGGAGUGGUGACGAUCGUCGACAUAGCGAAGGCCUUCGACACAGUGCCACAUACUGCGAUACACCAAAGCCUUCGACGAAAAGAUCCGAUCAUCGAGGACCUGAGCGCUAACACGAUUGGAAUUAAGAUCCAGGAAGAGAACGUAGCAGUCCUAGCCUUCGCAGAUGACAUGGUUCCCAUCGCCGACAACCAGAAGGAAGCUAGGAAACAAAUAACAAAAUUAGACUCCUUCCUGCAACAGUUAGGUAUGGAACUGUCGGUUAGUAAAUGCUCGACGUUUGAAAUUGUAGCUGCACAUAAAAUCUGGUAUAUGAGAAACCCAAAUAUCAAUGUGCAAAGCCAGGCGGUUCCCUACUCGGGACCCGAGCAAAUUAUUGCAUAUCUGGGUGCGAGACUGAAACCUUGGAGUGGUUUUCAGAAGGCAGCCAACACCGACAAUAUAAUAAAAUCGGUAACCAACGUAGGCACUUUUAAAUUAAAACCGCACCAGAAAAUCAACCUAAUUAGAACCUACCUCCUACCACGUUUUAUACACGAAUUAAUAGCAAGCCCACCGCCAACAUGGAUCCUAAUGAAAAUAGAUCAUGAGGUAAAACAAACCGUCAAGCGGAUAUUGCAUUUGCAUCCGUCAACCACCGACGGUAUUAUAUAUACGGCGAAAAGUCAUGGUGGUCUCGGAAUGCCAAGAAUUGAAACACUAGUGAAACUGGCAACGCUGAGAAGCGGAAUUAAGCUGAGAGAGUCCGACGACGCUGUACUCAGGGAAGCAAUCAGCGAACUAGAUACGCGGUACAGGAAAUACGCGAACUCAUUGCAGUUCCCAUGGCCAGCGGCAUUAGAACAAAUAGAGGAGGCCAGGAAGAAAAAUAAGAGGAGCGAAACGGAAAGAUGGGAACAGCUUAUAUCCCAGGGCCAAGGCGUGAAAGAUUUCAGAAAAGACAAGAUUGGUAACGCAUGGUUAUACGACCCGAGUCUGCUCAAACCAUCGAGAUUCCUGAACGCCCUAAGACUGCGCACUAACACCUUCGGAGUGCGGGUAGCGCUAAGAAGAGCGAACCCAACCAUUAAUAAGCUAUCAAAGAAGUAUAUUGUCUUUGCCGAACUAACAGUGAGAGUGGCAAACGAGAAAAAGAAACCGGAUUUGGUGGUGAAAAAUCAAGAAAGGUUAUACGUGAUUGAUGUCACGGUAAGGUACGAAGACAGAAACAACUUAAAGGACGCGUUCACGGAAAAAUGCAGCAAGUACGCGGAAACGGCAGAACUCAUACGGCAAAGAAUCAGCUGCCAAACCGGAGAGGUUCUUCCAGUAGUGGUCGGCAGCAGGGGAGCAAUGCCGUCACAAAUGCAAGCAAACCUGAAGAAGUUGGGAUGCAGCCGGAACGAGAUAAAAACCAUAUCACUAAUAGCGCUCAGGUCCUCCAUCGAAAUAGCCAACGCCUUCAUAGACUACGAUCGGAUGGCAUAG